AUGGUCGGGAGCGACACGAACUCUUCUUACACGUCUACCGAAGGCGAGAUUGUCGUGCGAUCGACUCAGGACGAUACGCGUCUCUCCGUCAAGCGUGCCGCCCUACAGAAAAGCGAAGUUUUCGAUGGCAUGCUCACCGUCUGCGGCCCCGCGGCACCCCCGGUCCUUGAGCUAGACGAAAGUGGCGCACAUCUGGAGCUGCUGUUGCGUCUAUUGAAUGGCCCGCCACCGCCUCCUACGUCCUUUGAGCAGGAGGAGGCCUCACAACACAGUAGCAAGUUCCCGAAAAAGCUCUACAACCCGGACACGAUAAUCCCGUUCCCGAUGCUACAGCUCAUGUACGGCCUCGCUGACAAGUACAUCAUCGACACGGAAAGGGCCCUCGGACCACAUCUCCGCGCGCAUUGCGCGGAGGACGCGGUACGGGUAUAUGCGCUAGCGCUAAGGGCUGGCGAAGACGACAUCGCGGCGGAAGCGAGCCAAUUUCUACGCCCUAUCGCGUCGUACAGUUCGGACGAGAUCGCUGCCCUGCCCGAUGCGCGGUCGGUCCAUCGGCUUGCGGUUCUGCAGGACCAACGGCGGCGCGCGCUCACCCAUCUCGUCCUGACGGAGGACAUCUUCCCCCACGGGUAUGGCAUCUGCGGGACGCACCAGGAUCAGACGCUCGAACGGUGGGACAACAGACGAAAGCGGCUGUCCGCGUCUGUUGACGCUGACACCGAUGUCGCAUGGGAGAUGGACUCGGAAGGGAGUAUCGGGUGUGCUGCCUGCGAUCUGGCCUGGAGUCGGGCUGUUGCUAUGCUUGCGUACAAGUCGCGCAAGGCCAUCAGUCGCAUCGAUCAGUUGAAGCAAGACUAG